AUGACUGUCUUUGUGAGUGGCAACGCCGCCUUACAGCUGGCCGUCCGGGAAAACACGACAUACAUCUACCUGCAGCCCGGCGCGAACGUCAGGCUCAGCCAGUCUCUCGUCCUUGACGGAGUAGACGUCACCAUCCGCAGCUCAGGCAGCAUCACUGGCGCCACCAUCGACGGCACCGAUGCGCUGGACAGCCUCUUUAUCCUGAAAAACAAGGCAACGCUCUGGUUGGAAGGGCUCGUCUUGGCGAAUUGCCAGGCGGAAGCUGAUGGCGGUGCGGUCCGCAUGGAUGAUUCAAGCGCGAGCUUGCGUGACGUUCGCAUACAGGACUGCUACGCUGGGAACUCUGGCGGAGCCAUUUCCGCCGCCAGAGGCAGCUUGCGACUGGAGUCGGUGGAGAUAACGCGCUGCAGCACUGAGACUGGUAUAGAAGGCGAGAACGCCCAGGGCUUGGGCGGGGCCAUCAGGACUGUCAAGGUUCCCCAGGUGGAGCUGAGCGAGGUCAACAUUACCGGCUGCAGCGCAGUCAAGGGUGGGGCUCUGCACAUUGACGGUGGGACGGACAGCGAGACCACACUGAACCGGGUCCGUCUCGCAGACAGCACUGCCACCGAGGAAGGCGGCCUCGUUUACAUUUCGAGCGGGCGCUUGACGCUGGAGAACGGGACCCUGCUGGAGAGCGGAACGGCAAGCCAAGGGAGCUCGAUCGCAUUCAGCGGCGCGCCCGAGGCGGUCACGGCGCAACGCAGACUCGCCUCGUACUCCGGAGCGGCAGGCCAGGAACGCUUCGAAGAGGCGGUGAGCACCAUCCUCGCUACGGUGGGGGCCUCCGUCGAAGGCGCCUUAACAGUCGAGGUCAAGGAGGACCCAAAUCCGACCAAGGGCGGCUGGGUCUCUCCCCCAGUUGUGAUCCCGACCUUGGUUGGAGUGGUUCUUCUACUGGUUGUUAAUCUUGUGGCGUACCUUUGCUGCACAUGCAGCUGCAGCAGGAGGAAGAGCCCGCGUUGUGCUUCCACGCCCGGCAUGCCAAGUGACAGGAUGUCAAAGAUGGAGCCCGAUGGCGUCGUGGACGUUGAGUCUGUCGGACAGGCGCCAGGAGCUUCCAUUUACCAGGCAGACCUCUAA